AUUAUUAUUCCAUUAGGAUCAAAAAAUAUCCGAUCGCCACACAAACACUUUUGAUCAGUUCCCCGCCUGCUGCUCCGCUUGGAAAUUAAUUAGCAAAAAAGAAAGAGAAAUGGAGAGCUCGGGAGAGAUGGUGGGGUUCCCGUUAUUAAUAACGCCGAUCGAAACCAAUUACAGGGCGUGCACCAUCCCUUACCGAUUCCCUUCUGACAACCCCAAGAAACCCACUCCCACUGAGCUUUCUUGGAUCAACCUUUUCGCCAAUUCCAUUCCUUCUUUCAAGAAGAGAGCUGAAAGUGAUGAAACAGUCUCUGAUGCUCCUGCAAAAGCUGAAAAGUUUGCUCAAAGGUAUGCUGAAAUAUUGGAGGAUUUUAAGAAAGAUCCUGAAAGCCAUGGUGGACCACCUGAUUGCGUACUUCUUUGUCGUAUCCGUGAGCUAAUCCUCAGAGAGGUUGGUUUCAGAGACAUAUUCAAGAAAGUCAAGGAUGAUGAAAAUGCCAAAGCAAUAACCUUGUUUAAAGAUGUCAUUCAUUUGAAUGAUGCUAUUGAGGAUGAACCAAAACGCGUGGAGAAUUUGGUCAGGGGAAUAUUCGCAGGGAACAUAUUUGAUCUGGGUUCUGCACAGCUUGCAGAAUUAUUCUCUAAAGAUGGAAUGUCCUUCUUGGCUAGUUGUCAAAAUAUUGUACCCCGACCCUGGGUUAUUGACGACUUGGAUACUUUCAUUGCAAAAUGGGCCAAGAAAUCUUGGAAAAAGGCUGUCAUAUUUGUUGAUAAUUCUGGUGCAGAUGUUGUUUUGGGUAUACUGCCUUUUGCUAGAGAAUUGCUUCGUUGUGGGACACAGGUUGUGUUGGCAGCUAAUGACCUGCCAUCUAUUAAUGAUAUAACUUAUCAUGAGCUACUAGAGAUUAUAUCAAAGUUGAAGGAUGAAAAUGGACAGCUUAUGGGUGUGGAUACUCAGAAUCUUUUGAUUGCAAAUUCUGGUAACGAUUUGCCGGUUAUCGAUCUCUCAAGUGUGUCCCAAGAGCUUGCAUACCUGGCAAGCGAUGCUGACCUAGUAGUUUUGGAAGGAAUGGGUCGUGGAAUUGAGACAAAUCUUUAUGCUCAGUUUAAAUGUGAUUCUCUCAAGAUUGGAAUGGUCAAGCAUCUAGAAGUUGCCCAGUUCCUUGGUGGAAGGCUCUAUGACUGUGUACUCAAGUUCAAUGAAGUUUCAAGUGGUUGAAGUCACUCUGCAAAGUAGAUAGACUGUUUAUUUGCAAAAGGCUGGAUUAGAUCGAUUCUUUCUGAUACUAUAAACAACCUGAGUACCCUAUAUAUGAUAUGGACUUUCCGUCUUGUCCUGAUGAGAAUCUUAUGCCACUUUGUCGUUCUUCCAAACAAUAUUUUAGAUCUUAGAUUUUCACUGCAACAAAUUUAAUAUUAUAUCCUCAUUUGGUCC